AGUACCUCUCUAAUCGUGGUUCUUAUAGAAUUGGAGCGCUGGAUGUACGUGUGUUGUAAGCCACCAGUAAGGUUGAGAAGCCAGAUUUCCCGAAAAGAAUGUCUACUGUACACCUGUUUUUGCUGCUGCUGCUACUUUUUGUGCAGAGCCCGGUUCCCCUCCAGGCAGAGCACAAGAUCUUCGACAGAGGAGCAGGGACUUCUUUCUCUUCUGCAACUGUAACAAACAGGUCCAGAUGCAAGUGUGCAUCACAAUUGGAUCCUGCCAUCACGUGUGCAGACAAUUCUCAGGAGAGCAGUAGCACCACUUCAGUAGAGCAGCAGCAGGAACCUCCAGAGCUGGCAUCAUUUCUUCAGUAUGCCUCACCGACGCAGCAAGAAUGUCAAGUUUUAGCUCUGGAGGAGCAGCGGAAUGACAACGCCGCAGUCGUUUCCAGAAGUCUGGAGUUUAAUCAGCAGGCCCUCUUCUCUCCGUCGAUAAAGUUUCUGACGAUACUGAACACUGACAACAGCUCCUUGGAUCAACAUUCUUCAGGCUACCAGCACAGACCAGCAGUUUUAUAUCCAAGCUCUUGACGAGAAAAGCGUCGUAGCUCCCGGCGAGAGUCUAACAGUGGCAGUUGUGUUCUUGCCCCGGAAGACUGGAAUAGCCAGCGGGAAGAUCCUCUUCCAGACCAGUGCUGGAGGCCUCGAAACGCUGGUGAUUGGCGAAGCUGUCGGAAAUUCUCAUCAGCUUGGAAGAUAUUGAAGCAGUCCAAGGCAAGCUCAUCCAGAGAACAUUAAGUUUCUACAACCCGGACGAAGAGACCAUCGAAAUUACGGAACUGCAUGUCUGGCCUGGAGAAGAUUCUCACAAGAAAGCCCUCUGCUCGUCGGCAACUGAUGAGUUGUCACCAACGGAUAAAGUCUCCAGCUGCUUCGCAAAUGGUUUCCCCUCGGCAAUUCUCUCGAAAACAAGGACGAAAAGUAUGCUUCGCACGGAAUGCUAGUUUCACUGGAGAGGCUGGAGGAUCCGUGGAUAACACGGUAUUCUCCUGGAAAUACGUUGCUCCAUGACUACGCUCUCAAUCCUAAUGUGGAACUGUCAGGGACUUGCGAAAAAGAAUCGUCAGUAGCUGCAGCAUAAGUGACCAAGGCUGCAAAGCAGGACAAUGAAGCAGGAAGCUGGGUACAAACCAACGAUUUGAUGGCACUUAGAAUGGUGGAAGCACUCCUCAAGGUAACUCUGAAGCUAGCAGCUUAAAACUCAAAUAAGCCAGCGGCCAACUUUGUGCAGGAUUUGGCACAUACGUUGUUGAGACAGCGAGAUAUCCGAAAAGGCGGGUUGGCUGCAAAUCAAAACGAGCCAACAUUAAUUCCUGGACAGGCACUGUCAU